AUAAAUAAAGUCGAACCCUAUUUAGAAAAAUCAUUUUAAAAACUUACCUAUACCUAAUAUUUAUCUAUAACUCUACAAUUGAUAAGUAGCCGAGGCGUAACAAAACCACAGCCUUUUGAUAACUGACUAUUUCCCACCCUUCUUUAUCAAUUCCUGUGGUGUGGUUUUGCACUCCACCCUUCACGAACUUGGUAUAAAACAACCAGCAGCGUUUCAACAAAUCAUUCCACUUCACAGUUUCUGUGAAGUGCGUUUAUUAUAUUCUUCUAUACAGCGUUUUAUUUUGUAAAAUGGCUGACGUCGUGGAAAGUUUGAAGUUGCUGUUCGAUAGGCCGAACGAGCCUUUGAUUACACCGAAGGGCGACAAAAAGGCUGUCUUUCAGCUAACCGAGUCGUUCGUGCCCCCGGAGUAUGCGAACAACGGUGUCGAGUUGAACAACCGUUUCGGAGACGAUGCCUCUGAGAAGAUUCCUCUAAAGCACCUGAGCGUAUAUCCUUCAUUCCCAAAAGCAUCGCAACUGCCCGCCGAUGCUGACUUCUCGCUGUUCUUGCCGAAACACCAGGACAUGGCCACCGAAGUCAUUGACGCCUUUAUGAAUGUUCCUCAAAAUGAGCUGCAGGACUUCCUUUCAACAUGUGUAUAUGCUAGAGCCAACCUGAACCCACAGCUGUUCAACUACUGCUACUCAGUAGCUCUGAUGCAUCGUGAUGACACCAAGAAUGUUCCUAUACAAAACUUUGCCGAGACUUUCCCUUCAAAGUUCAUGGAUUCACGAGUGUUCCAGCGUGCUCGUGAGGUCUCUGCUGUGGUACCUCAGAAUGUCCCGCGUAUACCAAUCAUAAUUCCCCGUGACUACACUGCCACUGAUUUGGAAGAAGAACAUCGCCUGGCUUACUGGCGUGAGGACAUCGGUGUCAACUUACAUCACUGGCAUUGGCACCUUGUCUAUCCUUUCACUGCAUCCCAGAGAUCCAUUGUUGCCAAAGAUCGUCGUGGCGAACUUUUCUUCUACAUGCAUCAACAACUUAUUGCACGUUACAAUUGUGAGCGUCUUAACAAUUCUUUGAAGAGAGUAAAGAAGUUCAGCAACUGGAGGGAUCCUAUUCCCGAGGCGUACUUUCCGAAGCUGGACAGUCUGACGUCAUCCCGUGGUUGGCCACCGCGUCAGGCGAACAUGCGCUGGCAAGACCUGGACCGCCCCGUGGACGGCCUCGCGGUAACCAUCAGUGAUAUGGAACGGUGGAGGAGAAACAUCGAGGAAGCUAUUUCCACCGGCAGAGUUAUCAAUGAGGAUGGUUCAACGAAAAUGCUAGAUAUAGACACGCUCGGCAACAUGUUAGAAUCCAGCAUCCUUUCGCCGAACAGAGAACUCUACGGCAGUAUACACAACAAUGGCCAUAGCUUCUCUGCUUACAUGCAUGACCCGACUCAUCGCUAUCUGGAAUCGUUCGGUGUUAUCGCUGAUGAAGCUACAACGAUGCGUGAUCCGUUCUUCUUCCGCUGGCAUGCAUGGAUUGAUGACACAUGCCAGAAGCACAAGGAGUCCACUCACGUGCGCCCCUACACUCGAUCUGAGCUCGAAAACCCUGGCGUUCAAGUGCAGUCCGUUGCUAUCGAGAGCGAUGGUAGCGAGCCAAACACCCUCAACACGUUCUGGAUGAGCAGCGAUGUGGAUCUGUCUCGUGGUUUGGACUUCUCCGACCGUGGACCCGUUUACGCCAGAUUUACCCAUCUAAACCACAGGCCUUUCCGUUACACUAUAAAUGUGAACAACACCGGUAACGCUCGUCGUACAACCGUGCGCAUCUUCAUUGCUCCCAAGUUUGAUGAACGUAACUUGGUAUGGGCGCUUUCAGACCACCGCAAGAUGUUCAUUGAAAUGGACCGUUUCGUACAGCCAUUGAACUCCGGACAAAACACAAUUACACGCAUGUCAACAGAGUCCUCUGUUACGAUUCCAUUUGAGCAAACCUUCCGCGACCUGUCUGUGCAGAGCAACGACCCCAGGCGCCCUAACCUGGCCGAGUUCAACUUCUGUGGAUGUGGCUGGCCUCAGCAUAUGCUGGUUCCAAAGGGCACUGAAGCAGGCGCCACUUAUCAGUUAUUCGUUAUGCUCUCCAACUACGAUCUUGAUAGCGUGGAACAACCUGACGGCUCUCAACUUAGCUGUGUUGAAGCUUCAAGCUUCUGUGGACUAAAGGAUAAGAAGUACCCAGACCGCCGCUCAAUGGGCUUCCCCUUCGACAGACCUUCAAGCACUGCCACCAACAUCGAAGACUUUAUCCUGAGCAACAUGGGACUGCAGGACAUAACCAUACGCCUGUCAAACGAGACUGUGCCAAACCCCAGAAACCCCAAAAACUAGGUGCAAACUAAACAAUAUAACCACAUAACUUAGUUUUGUAAUUUUUAAAUAGCAUCAUAAAAUAGAAGGCUGAUAUUUAAGUUAAGAUAACAAAGUGUAAAUAUUGUAAAUAAUACUUAAGAAUUAUUUAAAUUAUGUAAGGACCCGUUUACACAUAAUUAAUAAAAUAGAUAUACCAUGAACAAUUUUUUGUUUGCUUUCUUAACAUCGAGUCCUUGUUGUGGUGUUUAGCAGAUCACUACGUACUUCCACAACAAUGAAGUCUUUAUAGCUGGGGGCGUACCAAUUGGGACGGGGAAAA